CUUGGGCAUGUCAUGGAUUCAUCAACAAAUUCCAAAAUCAACUUUUUCAUGGAAUUUAUAUYAAAUCCUUUGUUGUUUUAAGCUAGUUUUACUAUCCUAAACUAUGCUACCAGGAAGACAAUUAAUUGUAAACGAAUACAGUGGCUUUUCGAGGCGACGGAACUCGAGAAGAGGCCGGAGACCAAAACCAGAGUACGAAAGAAAUAUCGUUUCCGCAUUUUUUGCUCUAACGUCGGCCGUAUUGGUAGCUAUUGCCGAAGCAGAACCAAAAUGGGUGAAGAUUGAUGGCGGAAGAUGCGAUGGAGACUAUUUAGGCUUAUAUAAAGUCAUUGCUUACAAGUCAUGGCGGAGUUUAGAGGAGUUCUGCUAUACGCAGACAAUGGUGACAAUUCUAAGAAUCACUGUUGCAAUUUGCUGUAUAAGUAUUGUUGCGAGUAUGUUUGCAUGUCUUUUGGAUCUGUGUGGAACACUGAAUAAAACUUUGAAGUGCAUCAAGGACAACUCUGUCGCCAAUAUCUUAACAGUAAUGUUUUGUGUGGCUACAAAUGGUCUCGUUUUCUGGGUAACACGUGAAUUAGAGAAAAGUAAAAUUGCUCAAAAUCCAGGUCAACAUGAAAAAAUUACUGUCACAUAUGAGGUAAGUUUCUACUUGGUAGCAGCAGCAGGUGCUUCGUCUGUGCUGGCCACUGCAUUUGGUGUACUGUACUGCCAGCGAAGACACAGACAGAACAAUAUGACAGAUGAUGAAUUGUCUAUGGWACUUAUGUAUGCAAUGCAUAAUGCAGAGUCACUAUCUGAUAUUCCACCUCCAGCUUAUUCACCUUGAAUGACCAAUACUUUGUUAGAUACAGACUGGAAAUGGUUUUUCUGUAGAGAAUAACCAUUGAAUAGAAUUCAAGAAGAAUAUGUAAUCUAUGGUGAUUGACUUAGUACAAAUGUAAAGUGUAUCAAGAGAGUAAAGUAAAUCGAAAAGACUCUUACAACGCAAUGACUUACGGCUCAAAACRCAAAAGUUUGGUUAAUGAUAAUCAGGAUUUGUCAUAAAAUAGCUAAAAUGAAGUCUGUUUGUACUUGCAAAGACUCUGACUGUUGGGGAAGAAUUCUCGUACAUUAUCAGUGAUCAGACUUUUGGGCUUUGCAGUGUAAGAUGACGUGCUACUCUGUUAAAAACAAUGCAUUCAGACACUACUAAAAAAUCCAAAUUAUAUGCCAAUUCACAAAGUAUUUCAGAGUUUUACAAAGAAAUCAAAAGAAAAAGCCUUAUAUUAAGUGUAACAGUGUACAUAAAUGUAAGAUAUAAUAUAGAAAGGAAAGACACCAAAGCACUAUUCAACAAUCAUUAUUGAUAUGUCUUUCAACACAUUUACUGCAGGUUCAAUAAUCAUUUGUACAUGUCUUGGAAAAAGGCUGUCAAUCACAAAAGCAUCUACAAAAAUACCCCCCUCCCCCCCCAAAAAAAAA